AGGCACUGUUUCUCGUCUUGUCAUUAUGCAGUUAGCACAGAAGAGAGAGAGAGAGAGAGAGGACCAAAGGGCUAGGGUUUAAACUUUAAAGGGUUUUGGGGACAUGAGCUCUUAGUAAACAGCAAAUCCAUCACUAUUCUAUUACUUUCUUCCUUUUAAUCUCCAGCCCCUGCAAUUAAUAAAUCCAUUUAUUUCUCAAAUACACAUUAGAAGAUAGAACAGGUCUUUAAAAAAGGCCAACCCCUCUCCUUCUCUCUCCUUUUCUUUCUCUUGUUAUUUCAUUGGUAACUGCAAGACCGCCAGCCGCAGUUGCCAGGCGCCGUUUCUCUUUUCUUGAGCUUUCAUCUCAUGUCCUCUCUCUCCUCAAUAAUGGUUUGUCCACCAUUAUAUUCUUAAGCCUUGACCAGACUAAUAUCUCUUUUUUAAUUUCAAGCAGGUAAAUCAUGUUGUUUUCUUCAUAUGUGCCUCGUUGGCUUCAAGUUCUUCUGACGGAGAAAUUCUUCAACGCUUGUAUAAUUCAUGAAGAUGCGAGGAAAAACGAGAAGAAUAUAUAUUGCUUGGAUUGUUGUAUCAGUAUAUGCCCUCGCUGCUUGGCUCCUCACAGUUCCCACAGGCUCUUACAGGUAAGAAGAUAUGUCUACCAUGAUGUUAUAAGGUUGGAUGAUGCAACCAAAUUAAUGGACUGCGCCUUUGUUCAAUCAUACAUAACAAAUAGCGCAAAAGUGGUAUUUAUAAACCAAAGGCCACAAACAAGGCAGUUCAGAGGCUCCGGCAAUUUCUGCACCAUCUGCGACAGAAGCCUGCAAGACCCUUAUCUCUUUUGCUCUCUUUCCUGCAAGAUAGAUUAUCUCUCAAGAACAGAAGAUGGGCUUUCCAAGUUCCUGUUUGAGUGCAAUUAUUUGCCUUUACCUGAUUCUGGUCUGGAUGAUGGUUUGGUGACGCCCGACUCGGUCCUUGAGCCGUCUUGUUCCACCAAAACGUCUUCUGGGUCUGGUGGAUACGAUGAAGUGUGGUGCCGGGCACUUGCUUGCACCGCUGCAACGUCGGAGAUUGUGAGGAAGAAAAGGACAAGCUUGACAGCAUGUCGUCCGACAUGUCCUCCGGUAUCCGAAGUUUCAGGAAAUUUAAUGAACCGGAGAAAGAAAGCUCCACAACGAGCUCCACUGUAUUGAAACUUGAUUUCAUCUAUGGAAGUGAGAGAGGUAAGGGGAGAUUGUGACAUUGUUGGUAUUUAUAUAUAUAUUUCAUUUUCAGGCAAUUUACGGAUGAAAUCUCCCAGUUUUGUUAACGCACUGCCCUAUCCUCUCCCAUAGCAUAGUUAUUUAUAUUCAUCCUAAAAAACCUAUUCUUUCUCUCUUCCAUAUGUAGUCAUAGGGAGUAAUAGUAAUACUGACAGAAGCUGCUGUAUUAAUAUAAAAUGAUUUAUAUUUCCCAACCUA